AUGUCCGCCCCAGAUCCCCAAAACCAGCCCACCAAACCCAUCACCAAAGCCGAUGUCGUCUUCACCAUCGCCACCCCGCGCCAGCGCAUCCUCUCCUGGGAACUCAACGGCGCUUCCUGGGCCCCGCCCAUGACCAUCGCCCAGUACGUGGGGCGCGAAACCGCGCUGUCUGAGACGGCGCUCUCCGCAGAUGGCGGCACGACGUAUUAUGUGCUACACCCCAAAGACGACCCCGAGACGAUUGUGUCGGCGUGCGAAGUGACUGCUAAGCGGGCGCUUGUGGUGCGAGAUGCUGGGGAUGUGGAGGAGGUGACGGCGUAUGCGAUCGCGAGCGUGUUUACCAACCCGGUGUUUCGGGAGCUGGGGAUGGCGAGUUUCAUGUUGAGGCAGGUGCAGCAGGCCGUGGAUGGGAAAGGGGCAGAGUUUGGGGCGCUUUACAGCGAUAUUGGGCGGGAGUACUACACGCGACUGGGGUGGAAGGAUUUCCGCAGUCCCCAGGUCUUGUUAGCGUUGGCGGACGGGUUGGUCCUGCCGAAGCUGUCUGCUGGGGGUGGUGAUGGGGUCAAGUUCUUGACGGCCGAUGAGGUGGCGUCGCUGUGCGUGGAGGACACGGCGCUCGUCCAGAAGCGGUUCGCGACUGCCGCAGUGAGUAGCAACAGCAACAACGACAACGCUCGCAGUAAACACAUCACAUUCCUGCCCACGCAGGAGCAGAUGGCAUGGCAUUUCACACGCGACGCAUACGUUUGCAAGACCCUCCUCGGCCGGGAAGUUAUCAACCGCGGCGCCAAGACGGAAGACGGCAGCGCCUGGAUCUACUGGGAUCACGACUUGCGCGAGAAGAAACUCAAGGUCCUGCGGAUCGUCACGCGCGAGGAACUGGAAGCGGACAAGGAGAAGACGAAGGCUGCCAUCAAGAAGCUGUUAUUUGCAGCGCUGAGCGAGGCCAAGGACUGGGGAUUGCCCAAGGUGCUGUUGUGGGAGCCUAAUGCGGACGUGGUUGACAUUGCCACGGAGUUUUGGAGCGAGCUGGGGCCGAACUUGUCGGUUACAUUUGAGGAGAGGGAGGAUGGAUCAAUCCCCAGUCUGAGGUGGAAGGGGGGCGAGAGCUUGGAGGGUGUGGUUUGGGAGAUGAAUGACUAUUAUGCUUGGUGUUAG